AUGAAUGAAACUCAAUUAUCGACAACGGGAAACGAGAAAGCUUCAUGCAAAUCAAAAUAUCUAGAUUACUUAAAGCUUAAAAAUAAAAGCGAGUCGAGAAAAAGUUCCGUGAGACCAAGUCCAUGUCAAGCUCAGCUGGAGUUUGGAACCGUGACUUACUGGCAAAAAUGUCAAAACGACUGUGCAUGGAAAAGUGCACAGCAUGUUUAUGUCGACGGAGCCAAGCAGCAAACGACUUACAAACAGUCAAACCGUGAUACAAUUUUACAAGCUAAACCUCGAUGGGAAGCAAAAAACAUUGAAUGUAUACAAACACACACAAAAAACAGGAAUAAAUAUUCACAAAAUGUGACAAAAAUACAAGAAAAGAAAGAAGCGAAUAAUAAAAACGCGAUUUUACAUCACAGUUCAAUGCUGCUAGCUGAUGCUUUUCAACACUACCGUGAGAUGCUAUGA